AUGGAUAGAGUCCGGCUCUUUCCCCUGUGUAUCGGACAUCCAGCCCGAUUUGGCCCACAUCUUUUGCUUACCAGCGAGGACUUUGAAGUCCUUUGGCGACUUUUGAAAUGCAGACAUUGUUCCUUUCGUCGUUUGUAUCACAAAUUAGUUGUCCAAGAAAAAAGUCCGCCUCGCGAUCUUCACAGUUUGACCAGAGCAAUAAAGGCAGUUUUGAAAGGAUUUUGUCUAAAUCGGCACUGUGUGGCAAAAGUUGUCUUGACUUCCAAUCAGACCUCCGUGUUCCCCCCGAAGGUUGGAGAAUCCUCCGAUUGUCUCACUGUAUUGAAAACAUCAGUUUCCCUUCAAAAGGAGUUCGUGGUCUGUUUUUCUCACGGUCGCGAAUUAUUUGCUCAUCUUUACUGUUGGGAAGAUGGUGCAAGCACUGGAAACAGCCCGAAUAGUGGUGUCUUUUCUGGUGUCAGAAAUCUAAUCCCCGAAGGACGUUCAAGUUUUUUCCGCUCCUCAUUGGCUCAUGAUGACUCCGGCGAUGAGGAGGACACCGGGGCAUGUGUAAGUGGCGUAAUCGCGGUGGCGACUGCUACCGUACAAAAACCAACAGUCCAUAUUGUUUCAGUGUCCGGUCAGGGUGUGCUUACAACCGUUCAAACUAAGACCGAAGACUGUCGGAAUGACACCUUAACUCAAAUACACCUGGUUAGUGACUACCAACGUAUUGUCGAAGCUAAUGCUAAGUGGUCCGCCUUCUAUGGAUCUGAAAACCAUACUCCCUCUAUAAGACCUGAUGUAUAUAGCUCUUCGAGAUGUCCGCAUCGUGCACGGUUUCCUGAUGAUAGCCCAGUUUCCUCAGUUCGGUAUAUGCGCACAUACUUUGUGGCUUUGUCUUUGGAGCGGCGCAACCGUGUUUGGGAAACAGAAGCUCGGGAACGAGUUUAUGCGCGCUUCCGUCAGUUGGUUUCCAGCGGUUGUGAUCCAUCUAAAGCAUCAGAAUUGGCGGAGCGUGGGGGUGACUGGGAGGACGAGGAUGAAGAUGAAUGUGCGGUUCCAUCGAGCUGUGUACCAAGUUAUAUCCCAGCCACCAGUACAGAUCCAAUACCUGUUGCGAGCAAAACAGUACGCAAAAAGCGCUGCAAGCGUCGGAAGAAGACUAACAAAAAGCGUUUGACACCGCCUGUCAGUCAACCCGCAGAGUCUUGGAGUAUCAAAUCAAAUGACUGUUCCUCAUUUUCGACUUUUUAUCCCAGUCCGAUUUCCUGUGAAUUGGGAGGGUCGGCUCAGUGGUGA